AUGAUUUUCAACCGAUUCGUCAUUGUCUCUUCGCUUCUCGCGAUCACCGCGAGCGCCGUUCCCUUCAUUGCAGAGGACUUCCCUCUCAGCGUCGUUCCUCUGAACGAGCUCCCUGCUGCGGACACUAUUCCUGCACCGGUCAAUGUCAGCGAGCCCAUCAAGCUAUUGACACGCGCUACUGAAGGCAUUCACCUUGUCAACUGCGAGGGCAACGGAUACGCUUACUCCAUCGAGAUCUAUUGCAGUGAUGACAGCAACUGCAACUACCAGCCCAGCUCCAACAACCAGUGUUUUUUGUCGAGCAGCGGAUUGUUCACCUGGGAGGGCCGCUCCAACCAGGGCUGCGGCUUCACAAGCGGCACCACUUUCUAUUACACGCUACCGUACAACGCUCAGUCAUAUGCUGAUUUUACCAAGGUUGGAACCGGAUACAAUGCGUACCACAAUUAUAAUAUCUUCAAGGACAACAAGCACGUCAUGUAUACCGCGGGAAAUGGCGCUGUGUGCAGGAGCAUCUAUUAUUGCCUGCAGGCUUAA